UCAAGAUGCGCAAUACACUCAUCUUCGCCGGCAGCUCAUGCCCAAAGCUCACAGAUCAAAUAUGUACGAACUUGGGAAUGGCUUCGGCCCCAGUCGAGCUUACUCAGUUCGCAAAUGGGGAGACAAGCGUCAAGAUAAUGACGAGCAUCCGAGAGAAGGAUGUAUUCGUCGUUCAAUCGGGUAGUUCUAAAAUAAACGAUAGUAUCAUGGAGCUUUUGAUCAUGAUAUCCGCUUGCAAAGGAGGAUCCGCGAACAAAAUUACAGCUGUUCUGCCAUACUUCCCAUAUAGUAGACAGUCAAAAAAGAAGUCUCACCGAGGAGCUAUCACUGCUCGUAUGCUCGCAAAUCUUCUACAUGUUGCCGGAAUUAAUCAUGUCAUUACCGUCGAUCUCCACGCUUCACAAAUGCAAGGCUUCUUCAAAUGUCCCGUCGAUAAUCUUCACGCGGAACCAUUGAUUGCACGAUGGAUUCGGCGCAAUGUGCAGGAGUGGAAUGAGGCUGUUUGCGUUUCCAAGAAUGCUGGUGGUACCAAAAGAGUAACAUCUCUAGCAGAUGCUCUGAAACUCAAUUUCGGAAUGGUCACAACAGACAGAAGACGAACCCCCGCGAAUAUGUCAAUGAGUAUGAUCAUGAAUCAAAUUGAAAACUCUACAGGCGAAGAUUUGCAUGCAGACAUCAAUAAGCUACACAUUGGCGCAUCCCCUGCAGCGGAAGAAGAGACGGCAGAAGAGUCAAAAUAUGACGGAGAAGCAGACCCUACCUCUUCAAUGUUACUGGACGGCGAUUCAGUCUCACAUCAAACAAGAGCCCGUCAAGACAGCCAUCCCUCUCCACCACAACGUCUACACAAUGCGCCAUCUGCCAUCAGAUCUGGGCAUCGAAAUUCUGUUGGAGCAUCCUCGCCUUUGAUUCGAGCACACACUACCCCUGCACCAAGAUCUACACCUGUCGAUGAAGCGAUAGAAGCACAAUAUACUGAUGAGCGUGCUCGAGAGGUCACCCAUGGCCGAUUGGUUCAAGGUCACAUCGUUUCAGAUGACUAUCCUUCGCCUACACAAUCCGCGAUGUCAUCUUCGUUAAUUCUCGAACGUCCUGAAGAUGAUCCCAUGUCGAUUUCUAUGGCAUCUUCAAUCUUUAAUCCUGAGCCACACGCACUCGGUGGAACAGCUGACGCUGCUGGUGAUGCAUCAGAUGAGGAAGAAGAAGGAUUUAAAGACCCAAGUCUCGAACAGAUGAUUACGUUAGUAGGAGAUGUUCGAAAUCGUACCGUCUUCAUCGUUGAUGAUAUGAUUGAUAAAGCCGGCAGCUGGAUCGCCGCAGCUGAAACAGUUGUCAAACGUGGUGGUGCCAAAAAGGUCUAUUGUAUUGCUACGCACGGCCUCUUUGGAGGAGAUGCUCUUGAAGAACUCCAAAACUGUGACUGUAUCGACACCAUUGUCGUUACAAACUCAUUCCCUAUCCCGCCAGAGAAAGCAAAAGAUGCAAAGAAGUUGCAAAUUCUAGAUUUAUCAAAGUUACUCUCCGAGGCCAUCAGAAGGAAUCAUUAUGGAGAAUCUAUUUCUGCUCUCUUUACACAUUCUAGCGAUUAG